AGUUUUCAUCCCAAGAAAUUAUUAUUACAACAAAUUUAAUUAAAAGAAUAUGCAGUGCAUGGCUGUUCACCAAUUUGCUCCAUUAUUAUCACUCCCUAUUCACAGUAGCAUUAGUAGUAGUGAUUUUGGUAGACUUUUUACACCAAAAACAUCUACAAAGUCAAGAUCAAGAUCAAGUACUUGUCACCCCAUCCAAUGUACUGUGGUCAAUAAUACUGAUCGAAGAUCAGCCAACUAUGAGCCCUCUAUUUGGUCUUUUGAUUACAUUCAGUCUCUUACAAGCCAAUAUAAGGGAAAAUCCUAUUCAAGUCGACUAAAUGAGUUGAAGAAAGAGGUGAAAAUGAUGGUAGAUGGGACGAACGAAUCUUUGGCUCAACUCGACCUAAUCGAUACAUUGCAAAGACUUGGAAUAUCUUAUCAUUUCGAGGAUGAAAUAAACACUAUUUUAAAAAGAAAGUACAUCAAUAUUAAAAAUAAUAUUAAUCCUAAUUAUAAUUUAUACUCGACUGCUCUCCAAUUUAGGCUUUUACGCCAACAUGGAUACUUGGUAACUCAAGAAGUAUUCAAUGCUUUCAAGGAUGAGACAGGGAAGUUUAAAACAUACUUGAGUGAUGAUAUUAUGGGAGUUUUGUCUUUGUAUGAAGCUUCAUUCUAUGCAAUGAAACAUGAGAAUGUUUUGGAAGAAGCAAGAGUUUUUUCAACUGAAUGUCUCAAAGAAUAUAUGAUGAAGAUGGAGCAAAAAAAAGUAUUAUUAGAUCAUGAUCUUGAUCAUAAUGAUAAUUUUAAUGUUAAUCAUCAUGUACUAAUUAUUAACCAUGCCUUGGAGCUUCCACUUCAUUGGAGGAUAACAAGAUCGGAAGCUAGGUGGUUCAUUGAUGUAUAUGAGAAAAAACAAGACAUGAAUUCUACUUUGCUUGAGUUUGCCAAGCUGGAUUUCAACAUGGUGCAAUCAACACAUCAAGAAGAUCUAAAACAUUUAUCUAGGUGGUGGAGGCAUUCUAAACUUGGUGAGAAGUUGAAUUUCGCUAGAGAUAGAUUGAUGGAGGCUUUCUUAUGGGAUGUUGGACUAAAAUUUGAGUCAGAAUUCAGCUACUUUAAGAGAAUAUCUGCAAGAUUAUUUGUGCUUAUAACAAUAAUUGAUGAUAUUUAUGAUGUAUAUGGAACCUUGGAGGAGCUAGAGCUUUUCACUAAAGCUGUUGAGAGAUGGGAUGUGAAUGCAAUAAAUGAGUUACCGGAUUACAUGAAGAUGCCUUUUUUAGUUUUACACAAUACCAUAAAUGAGAUGGCUUUCGAUGUGUUAGGAGACCAAAACUUCCUCAACAUUGAAUACCUCAAGAAAUCGUGGGUAGAUUUGUGUAAAUGUUAUUUACAAGAAGCAAAAUGGUACUAUAGUGGAUACCAACCAACCUUGCAAGAAUAUAUUGAGAUGGCUUGGCUUUCAAUAGGAGGACCGGUAAUUCUUGUGCAUGCUUAUUUCUGCUUCACAAAUCCCAUAACGAAAGACUCUAUGAAAUUCUUCACAGAAGGUUAUCCCAAUAUAAUUCAUCAAUCAUGCUUGAUUGUAAGACUUGCAGACGAUUUAGGAACAUUUUCAGAUGAGUUGAAUAGAGGCGACGUUCCUAAAUCAAUUCAAUGUUACAUGUACGAUAUUGGUGCUUCGAAAGACGAAGCUCGUGAACACAUCAAGUUCUUGAUAUGUGAAACAUGGAAGGAUAUGAAUAAGAACGAUGAAGAUAACUCUUGUUUAUCAGAAACAUUUGUUGAAGUUUGCAAAAAUCUUGCUAGAACGGCAUUGUUCAUGUACCAGUAUGGAGAUGGACAUGCUUCUCAGAACUGUCUGUCAAAAGAACGUAUUUUGGCACUGAUUAUUAAUCCUAUUAAUUUUCCUGAGAGAAAGUGAUCAUGUAAACUUGUUUCAAAUCUUGUUGGUGGAAAAUAAUUAACUAUGGGUAGAUAAUUAACUAUGGGUAUUAUUACCUUUGCAAUAAAUAUAUAAUAUUUUGUUUA